AUGGGUUGGGUUCUCCCAGCCCUGCUCACCCAAGGAUUCUUCAUACUUGUUUCAGGAACAGAGUCGUUACGGACGCAAGAGUUCCAACGUUACGAUGGUUGGUACAAUAAUCUCGCGAAUCGUGACUGGGGAAGUGCAGGUAGUCGUCUCCAUCGUGAUUCACCGUCAAAUUACGAAGAUGGUGUGUAUAUGAUGAACUUAUCGUUACCCUCAGCACGAGUGCUAUCCGAUCUCGUCUUUAAAGGAAAUGCAGGAAUUCCAAAUGCAAGGAAUCUCACAUCGAUGUUUGCUUUCUUUAGUCAGGUCGUUGCGUACGAAAUCAUGGCUUCAACAGCAACAAGUUGCCCGCUGGAAAUAAUGAAAAUCCCUGUACCACCGGGUGAUCCCGUUUAUGAUAUUGACGGGACCGGGACAAAUAUGCCGUUCACACGAGCAAAAUACGACAAGCAAACAGGGCAGGGAUUCAAUUCGCCACGGGAACAGGUGAACGAACGAACAGCAUGGAUUGAUGGAUCAUUUGUGUACAGUGUAAUGGAGGCAUGGGUAGCCACUAUGAGAUCGUUCGAGAACGGAACACUCAGGGAAGGGAAUGUAAGACGAUAUCCUCCGUUCAAUAAUCCUCACAUACCUCUGAACAAUCCACCUCCGCCACAAAUCCAUCGACUUAUGAAUCCGGACCGAUUAUUUCUUCUGGGUGACUCCAGAGUGAAUGAAAAUCCCGGACUUCUCUCGUUCGGGAUUAUUCUAUACAGAUGGCAUAACAUCCUCGCCGGAAGAUUACAAAAAGAAAACUCUACAUGGACAGAUGAAGAGUUGUUCCAGGGAGCUCGUCGAUGGUUAAUUGCUACACUUCAGAAAAUUAUUUUCUACGACUUCCUACCUGCACUGUUAGACACUGAGGUGAAACCGUACACGAAAUACAUGCCUCACGUACCACCGGGUAUUUCACACGCUUUUGCUGCGGCCGCUUUUCGAUAUCCUCACAGCAUAGUCCCACCAGCGAUGAUUCUUCGCAAAAACGUUGAUCAUUGCGAGUUCCGUGAGGAGGUUGGAGGUUUUCCUGCUUUGCGACUAUGCCAAAAUUGGUGGAAUGCUCAGGAUAUUGUUCAAGAAUAUAGUGUAGAUGAAAUAAUCCUAGGAAUGGCAUCUCAGAUCACUGAAGCUGAUGAUCUCAUCAUUGUCGAAGACCUCAGAGACUACAUCUUCGGUCCGAUGCACUUCACUCGGCUGGACGUGGUCGCCUCGUCGAUCAUGCGUGGUCGAGAUAACGGCCUUCCUCCGUACAACGUCCUCAGGAAAACGUUCAAUCUUCCUGAAAAACAAUGGCACACCAUCAAUGAAAAGCUCUACAAGGAAAAAAGAGAGUUAUUCGACAAAUUAGCCGAAUUAUAUGGUGACAUUAAUUAUUUGGAUGCAUACGUGGGCGGAAUGCUUGAAGGAGACAACGGUGCUGGCGAAUUAUUCAAAGCGAUCAUAAUGGAUCAAUUCGAACGUCUCAGAGAUUCGGAUCGGUUCUGGUUUGAAAACACUCAGAAUGGUCUUUUUACCACUGAAGAGAUCAGAAAAAUUCACAAUAUUACCUUGAGAGACAUCAUUCGAGCUACCACAGAAAUAUCUGACGAUUGGCUUCAGGAUGACGUCUUCUACUUCCGCGACGGUGAUCCUUGUCCUCAACCUUUUCAAGUGAACUACACAGGAUUGGAACAAUGUAUCCCAUUCAUGAGAUUCGAUCACUUCACAGGAAAUGAAGUCACCUACAUCUUCACACUCAUCGGCCUAGGAUGUAUUCCACUCAUUUGUAUCGGAAUCGGCUACGUUCUGGUGCAACGACGGCGUCGCAUGGGAUGGGACAGCUCGUACGAUGAUCUCUCUGCCACCGCUGUUGACGAUGAUGCGCCAAAAGAUCGUUAUUCUGUACAGGCAUUCGAAUGGCUACAAGAAUGUUACGUACGACAAGUGAUCGUUGAAUUUGCUCCCGGUGUUCUUACUGUGAGAAAACCACGAGGAAUAAUUUUAAGAAAAAUGAUUUUCCCGGAUAAUGCUGAGAUAACGGUCUAUCACAGUGAACCGAACGCAUCCACAGUACAUGGACCUUAUUGUCUGAUAAAACUUAGGAAAACACACGAUUUGGUACUUCGUCUUCCAUCCGAUAAACAUUUGCCGGAGUUCUUAGCGGCGCUUACUCUCUGCUUGAAGAAAUUCGAUGGACGUGUUACUGCUAUUCCUACCGCUAACGAAGUGCUACUCGAUAAGGCUGAAACUAAGGAUCGACGUCAACAACGUUUAGACUAUUUCUUCCGUGAAGCGUAUGCGCGUGCAUUCGAUCAGCCUAAACUAAGCGAUACAGAAAACAAGGAAUACGAUACUGAUGACAUCCUUAAUCAAACGAUUACUAGAAAUGAACUGGCGCAAGCUAUGGGAAUGCGUGAGAAUGAUAUGUUUGUGCAGAGGAUGUUCGCCGUGACUUGCCAUUCUGACAACGAUGUGAUGACAUUUGCUGAAUUCCUGGAAGUUUUGCAGAAGUUCAGUCUCGGAUCUAUCAAAGACAAGUACAAGCUGUUGUUCGCUAUGUGUGAUGUACAUGGGGACGGUCGUGUACGUCGAAGCGAAUUUGCCGAAUUCGUUCGUUCACUAAACGCUGUUGUUGGCGUGAAUAUCACGGAAAACAGUCAAAAUCAUGUCAUAGAGAGUAUUCUUAGUCGAUCAGGAAUAAGCCCGGAUUCAAAAUAUCUAACCGCAGCUGAUUUCGAAGCGAUCUUCUCACAAGUCGAUGAACGACGACCUAUCGGUGUGGAUUUCCGUGGAGCGAAAAUCAAAGUGAAUCUACAUGAAACUGCCUCUCUGGGCUCGUUUGCCUUAUCCACCGCACCUGAGCCGCCAUGCGUUCCUCGUAAUAUCCUGCCAGCGAUCGCUGCUUUCAUCGAAACCUAUCGUCAACACAUCGCGAUUAUGUUCAUAUUCUGUUGUAUUAACGUUAUUGUAUUCUUGGAACGAUUCUGGCAUUAUCGUUAUGAGACCGAACAUCGUGAUUUGCGUCGUGUAAUGGGAGCUGGGAUUGCGAUCACACGUGGAGCUGCCGGGGCGUUAUCGUUUUGUAUGGCAGUAGUUUUGCUUACUGUUUGUCGUAAUGUCAUUACGCUCAUUCGUGAAACUCCCAUUGGAGAGUUUAUUCCGUUCGAUUCGGCUAUCACUUUCCACAAGAUUGUUGCACUUUUCGCAGCAUUUUGGGCUACACUACACACCGUUGGUCAUUGUGUGAAUUUCUAUCACGUAGCCACUCAAAGUCAGGAAGGACUCAAUUGUUUGUUCCAGGAAGCAGUAUUUGGAUCCAACUUCUUGCCAUCGAUUAGUUAUUGGUUUUACGGUACGAUCACUGGAUUAACUGGUAUUUUACUGGUGGCUGUAAUGUCGAUCAUCUAUGUGUUCGCAUUACCUUGCUUUAUGAAGAGAGCUUACCAUGCAUUCCGGCUUACCCAUCUUCUGAACGUCGCCUUCUACGCGCUCACCGUAUUACAUGGCUUGCCGAAACUGCUCGAUUCACCAAAGUUUUGGUAUUAUGCUAUUGGCCCAGUGAUAAUUUUUGUUAUUGAUCGAAUCAUAGGUAUGCGUCAGGAAUACAAAAAAUUAAAAAUACUCAACGCUGAACUAUUGCCGUCAGAUAUCAUCUAUCUCCAGUUCAAGAGACCUUUGUCUUUCACUUUCCGCUCUGGUCAAUGGGUAAAAAUUUCAUCGCCAGCCUUUUCUUGUGCAUUUAAUGAGUGCCAUGCAUUCUCGCUUGCCUCAGCUCCUCAAUCUCCUACACUUGAGCUCUAUAUCAAGGCUGUUGGUCCAUGGACAUGGAAGAUGAGGUCGGAGAUCAUUCGUGCUCAGGCAAACGGAUCCCCGUACCCAUUAGUUCAUAUGAAUGGACCAUAUGGGGACGGAAAUCAGGAAUGGACAAACUAUGAAGUUGCUAUUCUGAUCGGUGGUGGAAUAGGAGUAACACCAUACGCGUCAACAUUGACAGAUCUCGUCCUCGAAACUACCUCAGGAAGACACCACAAUGUUAAAUGCAAAAAGGUCUACUUUUUGUGGAUUUGUCCAACGCAUAAAAACUACGAAUGGUUCGUGGAUGUACUGAAAGAUGUCGAAGAAUUGGAUACUAACGAACUUUUAGAGACUCAUAUUUUUGUCACUCAGUUCUUCCACAAAUUCGAUCUAAGAACAACUAUGCUGUACAUAUGCGAGAAACAUUUCCGUGGUGAUCAUCAAGGAAAGUCGAUGUUCACAGGCCUCAGAGCUCACAAUCAUUUCGGACGUCCAAAUUUCGACGCUUUCUUCUCGUAUAUCCAAAAUGUUCACAAUGAUACGCCCGAUAUCGGCGUGUUCAGUUGCGGUCCGUCCACUUUGAACGAACAGAUCAGUUCCGGAUGCGCUCGAGCGAACCGAGCACGAGAUGCACCAUCGUUCACUCAUAGAUUCGAAACGUUCUAA